AUGCCCGUCUCGAUCAACAUUGUCGACCACCCCGCCGAGGAAUUCGACGGAUUUGGCGGGGAUUUACGAGCGACCACUGUGGAGGAACUCUUCUACGGAUCUUGUUCAAAGCAUUUCCGGCGAAGCCAAGGGAUCAUCCAGACCUCAUUCACCAAGAGCCAACUCCAAGACGAGCAUGUCUUCGCCUCCAGUAACAGCUUUGUCUGGGCAGCAUACCACGCUUACAGCAAACAUCACCAUCUGCGCAUCCGACCCGAAGAUGUAUGGUUUGCCAUUAUCGCCCAAAUUGGCUUCUUUAUCAAUGCGCAUCCCGAGGAGCUUCGAGACUUCCUUGGCGAGCACCAAGGCCAGAAGCAUCUGGAAGUUGAGCUCGGCUCUCUCGAGUCUGGGUACUUGGCAACUCUCGUGGCCGACAUGAUGGCCAAAAAUGUCAAGGACCCUGAACUCCGAGACUGGUUGAUGCCAGCAUUCACCACCACCAAAGCAGAGGACUCCAUCGUCGGGUCGAUUCUGUUCAUGGGCGUACCGAAAAGUCAUCCCCACUAUCCCGUGACUCUCGACUGCGGAUUGCCCUCGGUGACACUGUUUGGAGAAAAGGCAGACUGGGAGAAUAUCUACAGGCGACUCGACAAGCUCGAUUUGAUGGGACAAGAGCCCGCUCUAUUUGCCAAGCUGCUCCGGCCCAUACUGAAGCGAAUGAUCAUGACAUUUGACGCCCCUACCAGCCCUCAAGUGAUUCGAUUCUGGAACACCAUAGCCCACCGCCAGGAGCUAUCUAGUGGCACAAAGUACAUCACGGGGUGGCUGACGGCAUUCAGCUUCUGGAACGAACAAGGCAAAGCCAACGUGCAGGAAAAGGAGCCUCUUAUGGACGAUGUUGCCUACCUUUACAUAGAGCUCCACAAGCUCUCAAUCUGUCAUGCUUUCGUCCCCGUUCUUGUCCAUGAUAAUGAACAUGAAUACGAAGCAACCAUGGUGGCUGGGUCCGUGGGUAUACUGGCUAGUCCACACAACUCUCCCCGUCUUCACGAUACAAUUGGUGGUAGCUUCGAAGAGCCCGAUUCUACACCGAAUGGAGCGGACACGACGGGCCAGGCUGAAUUCACUAGUGAGCCGCCUCGCAAUGUAGUCGAACCAUUGUCAGGAUGGUUCAUAUAUGAAGACGAGCCCGCGACUGCCGCAGAAGCUAGGGCAGCUGAGUAUCAGGACUUGUCCAUGGAGUUUCAAGAUAUUAUUACAAAAUCUUCCUGGACUUCUGAAGACCACGAUUGUCUUUCUAUUGUUGUUGAUCGACUGAAUGACUCGUGUUGGGAUUGA